AUGCGUAGCAUAGGAACUAAUCGGGAAGUCUUGCCCUUACGAUCAGUAAUACACGUCUCCAUUGUGGACAGUGACGGGGUUUCGAUGGGAAGAGCUUUGGCUGAAUCGGCAUUGGAGUUUGAAAGCAGUAACUAUGGUAUGGUUCCGGCUAAAGAGUCAUUGGUUAAGGAGAUGGUAAGGAUGGUAAGAGUAGAAGAUGGAGACCAAGAAGAUUGCAUGAUAUGCUUGGAGGAGCUCGAAGUUGGGUUUUAUGCUUCUCGGAUGCCUUGUUCUCAUACUUUUCAUGGGGAUUGCAUCGAAAACUGGCUGAAGCAGAGCCAUUAUUGUCCUUUUUGCCGGUUCGAGAUGCCAACGAAUUAG